CUGCACUGGGUAGCAGUCCAUCAAUCAGUACAACGAUGUAUUGGGACGCGAGUGCUGGAUGUGCAUGAAAGGUACUGACUCACUAGACUCCAGAUUGGCAGCGCUGGGCUCCGUGUCCUCCCACAAACCCUCUGCUCUCCAAAUGAACAUCUCUGACUCGGGUUUCUGCUCCGACGAAGCCUCGGGCUUACUUGUGUAGGAUGCUACUGCGAAAUGGUGUUGAGGAGGCAUAGCCACGGCCUCUGAACGGCAACUUUAGAUGAAAGACGGAUGUUUGACCAUCGGAAAGAUGAUGCCGGCAUCGGCGAAAGAAGAGCAUAAUCAGCUGGAGAGAUUUGAUCUGAGAGGGCAGAGAAAACAUGUUGGCUGAUGGCCGGCCUGCAACGGUGGUGGAGGAGGAGCGCGGGACAGUGGAAGAGGUGAUGCCUCUAGGCAGCGUGCUGGAACCACUGGACUGGAGAAGAGCAGAUGCGACUUCAGAGACGGCUCGGAAGAAGGUGAUGGAUGUUGGACGACGGCCCAAAGAACAAAGAAGCCAGCCUCGUGCGGUUCAGAGCCGCCCUAGACCGUCUAUGAAGCCUUCCACAUUGCCCGACGGCGUCUCGUCCGGCGUCGCCAGUUCCUCGCAAUAUCCGUUGUGAUGGACAGGCGGUGGAGGAAUCUCGGCGGAGGGAUCUCGAUGGAGGGACUGCCAUCGUCACCCCCACCGUCCUUGU